GAGUCUUGAUUCUUGUUGGAGUCAUGGAGUCAGUUAGCGGACUGGAGCUGCUGCUCAACGGGCGGUGGUGAUGUCUUGCAAAGUGAUUUCAAGAGGGCAAGGAUGCUUAUUGCAUGCGGAACGUGAUGAUAAAACAAUGAAUACCGAGGACCGUUGAGUCUGCGUGUGUGCAUGCGGUGAUCGAAACAGAUGUCGAUAGUUGGCUGGUCGGAGUGUAAGAAUUGGUUUGAAUCGACCAAUUCGAAGUCAAGAAGCGAUGUCUGUUCUCUGGCGUCACGUUGCAUGAAGAUGUAACUGUAAGUAUCUCGAAGGUCAGUGUUCAUCAAAUGCUGCGAAAAAUGGUCUCAGUUGAGGGCUCUAAACGUAACACUGAAAUGUCCAAAGAAGAAGAGGUUCAGGAAUUUGAAACGGGAGGGAUGUCUACAGGGAAGCCAUGUCCUUUGUCGAACGCGUCAAUUUUCAGCUUCCUCACGUGGCAGUGGGUGCAACCCUUAAUCACCAUCGGAAACAAAAAAACCCUGGAGGCAGAGGAUUUGUGGGAUCUAGUGCCGGAUGAGACGUCGGUUUAUUGUGAGAGGAGUUGGUUGAAGGCGGUGGAAGGCGAAAAGAUGAAGAAGAAUGUCGAUGGUUCGCCCGUGUCUGUGUGGAAGCUGAUGUACAAGAGCAUGGGUUAUAAGUUCAUGUUGGGCGGUCUUUACAAGCCAGUAUGGUUGCUGGCUGUUGUACUUCAGGUGUACAUUUUGAAAGCGUUAGUCAAAAUUGCACAAGGCACAGAGCGCCUUCAGUGGUGGUGGGCGGCUCUAUUGGUGGUUGGAAUGUUUCUUACUUCGACAACGCAGAGCAUCACACAGCACCAAUGUUUCACCAUAGGACAGAGAACAGGGAUGAAGGCGCGUGCAACUGUGGCAAUGGCUGUUUUCAAUAAGAUCCAAGAAAUGAGUUUAGCGUCGCUGUCGAACACAAACACUGGGAUCAUGUUGAAUUUAGUCACGAAUGACACCCAAAAGAUACUUGACGCUGCCACGUUCUUCCACUUCGUUUGGUUCGCCUUGGUGGAGGUUGCUGUGGUGGGUGGUCUCGUGAUUUAUGAAGCUGGAGUUGCGGCCAUUCCUGGUGUCAUGGUCACCUUCCUCACCCAACCAUUGCAGGUGAAAGUGGCUCAACGAGUUGGAUGGCUACGGCGCUCAGCCAUAGAUUACACAGAUUCCAGGGUUCGUUCUGUGAAUGAAGUUUUGACUGGAGUUCGGGUGGUGAAAUACAAUGGAUGGACUGCAGCAUUCUUGAAGCGAAUUGGAGAUUUGAGAUCCUCCGAAAUGCACUGGAUCAAAAGAGCCAAUUUUCUUCGAGCUUCGACGUCUACUCUGAGGGAUGGUGUGAUCCCAUUGGCAUCGUUUGCAACCUUUGGAACAUUUGUUGCUGUUCACGGCGGGGCAGCAUUGACACCUAGUCUUGCUUUCACCGUCCUAGCGCUGUUCAGCAUUCUUGUGCGGUUGUUCUCGAUAGCACCUUUAGGAGUGCAAUACCUUUCUGAAGCCAUGGUGGCAAUGCAACGUUUCCAACAGCUGCUUGACCUACCAAACGGACAUGGAAUUACCAAUCCUGAUGAGCAAGACAAGUUGAAGGGGCAGGUUCUGACUGAUAAAGCAGUGUCAGUUUCCAAUGGAGUAUUCUCAUGGACUCUCAAAGAUUGGCAGACUUGUGACGACAAAAGAAGUAAGAAGGCCAAGAGGCGGAAAACAAAGCAGGAGAAGGACAACGGUCUCCACAUUCUGUCACGUGUGCCAAGGGGCAAAGAUUCAGACAAAGUCUUUGAAGAAGCUGAUACUUUAAAAGGAGUCACGUUUGAGGUUCAGCGUGGUGACCUUGUGGCAAUUGUUGGAGCCGUCGGAAGCGGGAAGAGCUCUCUUCUUUUGGCUCUUCUUGGAGAAAUGGAGUGUUUGGCAGGGGAAUCUCAAAUUGAUCGACCAGCGGCUUUUGCACCCCAGCAGCCUUGGAUUCUCAACGAUACAAUUCGAUCUAACGUACUUUUUGGUAACAAGUUUGAUGAAUUUCGAUAUAAGGAAACAGUUUCUGCAUGUGCAUUGGAUCAUGACAUAGCACAAUUACCUGCUGGGCAUGACACAGAAAUUGGUGAACGAGGAGUUAACCUUAGUGGAGGGCAGAAUGCUCGAAUAAGUCUUGCUCGAGCAUGUUAUAGCACAAGUCCUCUUCUUCUCCUGGACGAUCCCUUAGCGGCUGUUGACGUUCCCACUGCCAAGCACCUGAUGGACCACGUGUUAUGUGGGAUACUUAAGGGCAGGACAGUGAUUUUGGUAACUCAUAACAAAACGUCACUCUCUUGUUGCGACAAAAUCUAUCUUUUGGAGCAUGAGCGACUGCAAGAACUUUCUAAGGAAGCAUUGCUCGACGGACAACUGGAUGAAGUCAUUUUAAAUGAUACUGAAGAUAAUGGCGGUGAUAUCGAUCAUAAAACCAGAGCGAGUUUAGGAAGAGAUGAUUCUAGUGAAGAAUCUGGGGGUGAGAAUGGCCCUGAGGUUGACGUGCUCAAUGGAGCCUCAGCAGAGAUGGUAGCGGAAAGUUCACAGAGCCACCUUCAGAAUGGCUUGGAAUGUAAAGAAUUAACAGAGAAUGGAGUUUCUAAGAAUGGUCCCAGUGAGGAGCCUGUUUCUGAUGAUGUUGAGAUUGUUGCUUCCGUCUUUCAAGAGGUUGGUGAGGAGGGAGUUUUUGAUGGAAAACAAGAUGAAGCUAGCAUCAGGAAAUCUUUUCGAAGGAGGAGCGGUAGGGUAACUGGUGUCGAGAGUGACAUUGACGGGGAUAAAGGAGGAAAGCUUACUGUGAAAGAAGAUAGAGCUGAGGGAGAGGUGACCUGGGCAACUUACAUUCAGUACGCCAAAGAUGGUGGCGGACGGGUGUUUAUCUUCAUGGUGGUAGUUAUUUUCCUGUUCGCGCAAGCAGUGCGUGUUAUGUUGGACUACUGGCUUAGUGUUUGGGUUGAUAGAAAGUAUCAACUUAGCACCAGAAUCUAUGUUAUCUCCUAUGCCUGCUUUGCUGCGGGAGCUAUUGCCUUGUCACUUACCCGGGCUCUGCUCUUCAUGGAGGCGGCGAUGUUGUCAGCUAAAAAGAUGCAUGGACGAAUGGCAGAGAAAGUACUUCGGUCACCACAACUGUUUUUUGACCAGAAUCCUGUGGGAAGAAUAGUGAAUCGCUUCAGUAAAGACCAGUCCUUGGUUGAUGAACUCCUGCCUUCAACUGCACAGACGUGCAUGGAGAAUUUUACCGGGUGUUUGGGAUCCAUAGCAAUCAUAGCUGUCCUUAUUCCCUGGUUCCUAUUAGCCAUUCCCCCAUUCAUAAUUAUCUUUUUGAUCCUCCAAAAGCGUUAUGUCACUGUUUCUCGAGAAUUGAAGCGUCUGGACGGCUUGUCGCGAUCACCUAUGUAUGCACACUUGUCUCAAACCCUUCAGGGUAUCGCUUCAGUUCGGGCUUUUGGCGCGCAGAAGAGAAUGCAUGAUCGGUUUCUGGCCAUGAUCGACGCUAAUCACCGCGCUUUCAUUUUAUUUGUACACUCUUCUCGAUGGCUAGGUGUUCGUCUCGACUUAGCAACUUCCAUGGCAGUUGCCACUGCCUCCCUUUUAGUUGUUCUACUCCGAAAUAGUAUAUCACCUGGUUUAGCUGGUGUGGUGCUGGUGCAGAGCUUGCAGCUUACAGGAUUCUUCCAGUAUGGCGUGCGUCUUGCAGCUGAAACAGAGAAUUAUUUUACCAGUGUGGAGCGAAUUCAGGCAUACACUGAGUUGCCAACUGAAGCUGAUUCAGACACGGCACCAGGAGUUAUUACUGAAAAAUGGCCUGAAAAGGGAGAGAUCGAAUUUGUUCAUUACACUAUGGCCUAUCGUGAGGACCUUCCUCGAGUACUAAAUGACCUUUGCUUUAAGGUCAACUCUCAGGAGAAAGUGGGGAUAUUGGGAAGAACAGGGGCUGGCAAGUCGAGUCUUGCAGCUGCUAUGUUCCGACUAGUUGAGAAUAAAGCUUGCAGUGGCAGAAUUUUAAUCGAUGACAUUGAUAUCGCACAUAUUGGCCUUGAUGAUCUACGCCGGCGUCUUUCCAUAAUCCCUCAGGAUCCUGUACUGUUCAGGGGGACUGUAAGACUGAACCUCGAUCCUUUUGAGCAGCACACUGACUUUGAAAUUAUCGAAGCCAUAGCUAAUGUUCAUUUAAGCAAAAAGAUCGAAUCCCUGGACAAAGGCAUUGACAGCGUAGUGGCAGAGAAUGGGGAGAAUUUCAGUGUUGGUCAGCGCCAGCUUCUAUGCUUGGCUCGAUCUCUCCUAAGAAGGUCUCGCGUUAUUGUGAUGGACGAGGCAACGGCAGCUGUCGAUGGAGAGACCGACCAGUUGAUACAAACGGCCAUGCGAAGUGUGUUUCACACGUGCACAGUGUUGACAAUCGCUCACCGCAUUGAAACUAUUAUAGAUUGUGACCGAGUGCUGGUUCUGGCCAAGGGGGGUCGACUUGCGGAGUUCGACACCCCUGCCAAUCUUCUGAGGCGCGCAGAGUUGAUCAUCAGAGACGGCUCAGAAGGCCGUGGAGUUGGAAACUACGGUUUUGCAGUUAUGGUGGCUCAGAGCGGCGAAGUCAUAGCCAAGCGGCUGCGAGAAGCGGCCGAGGCAGCAGAGUUGAGGAGACAGCAAGAGUCUAGCUAGUGGUCCUGCAUCAUUAGUUCUGGCAUUAUUUGUACAAGAAACUGUUAGAAAUAUCAUUUGGAAAUAGGGCAGACAACAUAGAUCUAUGACAUCUUUCUCUUGGUAGUGGAAGAUUUUGACCAAAGGUUAUUAAACAGUUCAUGACCUGGAAGGCUUUGUUCUUUCAUUUCAAUUUUGAGUAUGUACAUGAUGCGAGGGUAAGGGAAGGGAAGUACGCUUAGCAUGGUAGAAUCAACUGCAUGGUUCAUCUUUUUGUUCUAAAACUAAAAGUUUUCGUUCAUAGCUGUAGUCUCAAUGUAUUACAAAAUUCUGAGUUU